GUCAAGUGUGACUCGCAUGGUUGACGAUGGCAUCGACUGAUGCUUCCUGAUUCGAUCGAGAAUCCCAUUAUGCUCGGCACGCUAGCCCGCUUUGGGGUCCUUAUCCAGAGGCCCUCGACGGCCGUCGGAAAAGGACUACAUUGGCCUCGAGAAACCUUCUACAAUCCUGUCUGUUUGCUGACGUCUCUCCGACAACCAAUGAGUCGAGCUCUCGCGGGGCCGUUGUUUGAUUAAGCCAAGUUACUCCGUCCAGAGUCUGCACCGCAAAUACUCCGAGCCUCCGGCUUCCCGAACUUAGACUCUUUUUAUUCUCAAGCCGCCCCGUCUCCCCUCGCCUCUCCCCUCCCCUCCCCUCCCCGCACAAGUCCAAUCCCACCGCCAUCAGAAUCGCAAAGAUGGCGCCUCCUAUCACCAUCGUGCCGUCUCUCGAGACCGCCAGCGAAGUCGUCGCUCAGACAAAGGGCUCGGCAUUCCCUCCAAACCUCCUGCCGUUGACUACGUCAAUCCCGGCCGACCUUUUGACCCCCACACUGGCAUAUCUCAAAAUCGCGGAGAAAUCGAAAUUAUCAUUCCUCUACGAGAGUGCCGCGACGACCGAGACCAUCGGAAGAUACAGUUUCGUCGGUGCCGAUCCCCGGAAAAUCAUCAAGACUGGCCCCGGCCAUGGCCCUGAAUGCGAUCCUCUGCCGCUUUUGGAGCAGGAACUCUCCGGAUUCCGUGUUGCGACGGUGCCCGGCUUGACCCUCCCCCCUCUUACUGGCGGUGCCAUUGGAUACGUGGGAUAUGAUUGUGUGCGGUAUUUCGAGCCCAAGACCGCUCGGCCGGUCAAGGAUAUUCUGAAGAUUCCCGAGUCCCUGUUUAUGCUGUUCGACACCAUUGUCGCCUUCGAUCACUUCUUCCAGGUCGUGAAGGUCAUCACAUACAUCCCCAUCCCCGACAGCAAUUCGGAGCUGGAGGCUGUAUACCGCCAAGGACAAGAGGUGCUUCAGAAGACCAUCGAUACUCUCCUUCGCCCUGACUACCCCCUUCCGCCUCAAGGCCCGAUCAUCCAAAAUCAGGAGUACACGUCGAACAUCGGACGGGAGGGAUACGAACGGCAUGUGACGAGACUCAAGGAGCAUAUCUCCAAGGGUGAUAUUUUCCAGACCGUGCCGUCGCAGCGGCUGUCCCGCCCGACCUCUCUCCACCCCUUCAACCUCUUCCGCCACCUGCGCACGGUCAACCCGUCCCCGUACCUGUUCUACAUCGACUGCGAAGACUUCCAGCUGGUGGGUGCCAGUCCGGAGCUGCUGGUCAAGGAGGAUAAGGGACGGAUCAUCACGCACCCGAUUGCGGGCACGGUGAAGCGGGGCAAGACGCCCGAGGAAGACGCGGCGUUGGCCAACGAACUGACCAGCAGUCUGAAGGACCGCGCGGAGCACGUCAUGCUGGUGGACCUGGCGCGCAACGACGUGAACCGGGUGUGCGACCCGACGACGACGCAGGUGGACCGUCUGAUGGUGGUGGAGAAGUUCUCGCACGUGCAGCACCUGGUGUCGCAGGUGUCGGGUAUCCUCCGGCCGGAGAAGACGCGGUUCGAUGCGUUCCGGUCGAUCUUCCCGGCGGGCACGGUGUCGGGCGCGCCCAAGGUGCGGGCGAUGCAGCUGAUUGCGGAGCUGGAGGGUGAGAAGCGCGGCGUGUACGCGGGGGCGGUGGGCUACUUCGGGUACAACAUUGCCAGCGCGGAUGGAAAGACGGAGGUGCCGGGGGCGAUGGACACGUGCAUUGCGCUGCGGACGAUGAUGGUCAAGGACGGGGUGGCUUACCUCCAGGCGGGCGGUGGCAUCGUGUUUGACUCGGACCCGUACGAUGAGUACGUGGAGACGCUGAACAAGCUGGGAGCGAACAUUGCGUGCAUCAAGGGAGCCGAGGCGAAGUAUCUGAGCCUUGAAGAGGAGCAAAGUCGGGCGUGAGGGUUCUAGAUUCUUUCUUUGUUUAUGUUCUACGGAUAUGGUGAUUGAAUGAGACAUGCACUUCCAGCGAGCCGGAGGUUAAAGUUUUAGAUUUGGAUUUCAAUGUCCAGUGGCUUUCAGCAAGUCCCGUGCAGAAAAAGGGAAGCGAGCAGCCACAGCGCGCCAAUCCUGCUGCCUGGAACCGAACCCUCGUAAACGGGCCGUCACACCCGGGCUGGAAGGAUGGAUGGAUGAACUUGGAAAGACAGCCAGGCUAUCUAGGCCUGGACAGGAUCCCUUGCUUGGAGGAAAAUUCGGGACAUGAACAGGCAGGCAGGCAGCAAGGGCGGCCAGGAACGUGCUGGAGCUGCAGUGCCCCGUCCGAUGACGUCGGGGGGGAUACUAUGUAGGGCAUCCUGCACCGCCACACGGCCGGCCCAGCAGCAGCAAAGCCAAGCCGAAGGCCACGACGUGGAGUGGGUAAACUAGAUAUAGAUAACGGUGGAAG